UGAAACUUCGUCCCCCGAAUGCGAAGUGUGCAGGCGUUGUGGGUGUUUCCCCGCUCAUUCCUCUGAUACAAGUGAUCCGAAAGCUCAUCGGUGGAUCGCUGAGCUGUAUUUGGCGACAUUAUCACGGGAAUUCGGUCAAUAGCGGAUUGUUUUUAAUUUCAUGACCAAAAACGGAUUAUUCGCUAAGUUGGUGACGGCUGUGGCUCAUUAACUCUGGAGAGACAUGGGCACUUUACGCGACCUCCAGUACGCGUUACAAGAGAAGAUUGAGGAAUUGAGACAGAGAGACGCGCUUAUUGAUGAACUGGAGUUAGAGCUGGACCAGAAAGAUGAACUGAUUCAAAAGCUCCAAAAUGAGUUAGACAAAUACCGAUCCGUUAUCAGACCGGCCACUCAAGUCCACAAGCAGAGCGUCCUUCAAGAACAGCAGAGGACCAAGAGACAAGCGAUCUCAGCCGAACCAACAGCCUUUGACAUUCAGGACCUCAAUCAUGUCACCCUUCCUUUCUACCCAAAGAGCCCACAGUCUAAAGAACUCAUCAAGGAGGCCAUUCUUGACAAUGACUUCAUGAAGAACCUUGAGCUGUCUCAGAUUCAGGAGAUCGUAGACUGCAUGUACCCUGUGGAGUAUGAUAAAGAAAGCUGCAUAAUCAAAGAAGGUGAUGUGGGCUCUUUGGUCUACGUCAUGGAAGAUGGCAAGGUGGAGGUGACCAAGGAGGGCAUGAAGCUCUGCACAAUGGGACCGGGGAAGGUGUUCGGAGAGCUUGCCAUCCUCUACAACUGCACCAGGACUGCAACGGUUCAGACCCUCUCAAAUGUGAAAUUAUGGGCCAUUGACCGACAGUGUUUCCAAACCAUCAUGAUGAGAACUGGACUCAUCAAGCAUGCUGAGUACAUGGAGUUCCUGAAGAGUGUUCCAACGUUCCAAGGCCUUUCAGAAGAAAUACUCAGCAAGCUAGCUGACGUGCUGGAAGAGACACACUACAGUGAUGGAGAGUUCAUUAUAAGACAAGGUGCCAGAGGGGACACGUUCUUCAUCAUUAGCAAAGGAAAGGUGAACGUUACUCGGGAGGAUCCACCCAAUGGGACCCUGGUCUAUCUGCGAGCAUUGGCUAAAGGAAAUUGGUUUGGAGAAAAAGCCCUUCAAGGAGAAGACAUCAGGACAGCUAACGUCAUCGCCGCUGAGGCUGUAACCUGCCUCGUCAUCGACAGAGAGUCCUUCAAGCACUUGAUUGGAGGUCUGGACAACGUCUCAAACAAAGGCUAUGAUGAUGCUGGCACCAAAGCUAAAUACGAGGCAGAGAAUGUAUUCUUCUCCAAACUGAAGCUGGUGGACUUCAACAUCAUCGACACCUUGGGGGUUGGAGGAUUCGGGCGAGUUGAGCUGGUGCAGCUCAAGAGUGAAGAGACCAAAACUUUUGCAAUGAAGAUUCUGAAGAAGCGGCACAUAGUUGACACGAGGCAACAGGAGCAUAUCCGCUCGGAAAAACAGAUCAUGCAGGAGGCCCAUUCAGACUUUAUUGUAAGAUUGUACAGGACAUUCAAAGACAGCAAGUAUCUGUACAUGUUGAUGGAGGCUUGUCUAGGAGGAGAACUUUGGACCAUUCUUCGGGACAGAGGAUCAUUUGAAGACUCCACUACACGGUUUUACACAGCCUGUGUGGUUGAAGCCUUCGCUUACCUGCAUUCCAAAGGAAUCAUCUAUCGUGAUUUAAAACCAGAAAAUCUUAUUCUGGAUCAUAGAGGAUAUGCCAAGCUUGUGGACUUUGGCUUUGCUAAAAAGAUUGGAUUUGGGAAGAAAACAUGGACAUUCUGCGGAACACCAGAGUACGUAGCUCCAGAGAUCAUACUUAAUAAAGGCCAUGAUAUUUCAGCUGACUACUGGUCACUGGGAAUCCUGAUGUAUGAACUCUUGACUGGAAGCCCACCAUUCUCAGGACCAGAUCCAAUGAAGACAUAUAAUAUCAUUUUAAGAGGAAUUGACAUGAUCGAAUUUCCAAAGAAGAUCACCAAAAAUGCAGGCAAUCUAAUUAAAAAACUAUGCAGGGACAGUCCAUCAGAAAGACUAGGAAACUUGAAAAAUGGAGUCAAAGAUAUCCAAAAGCACAAAUGGUUUGAAGGCUUUAACUGGGAGGGACUACGCAAAGGAACUCUCGUCCCUCCAAUUAUUCCUGAUGUGGCCUCCCCCACUGACACCAGUAACUUUGAUAACUUUCCUGAAGACAAUGAAGACCCUCCCCCAGAUGACAACUCCGGCUGGGACACUGAUUUCUAAAACUGAACCUUAUUACUUGUCCUGCCCUGGAGUGUCUCGUGCCAUACAUCAGCCUGAGGCUGUGCUUAAGGAGCCCAAAAGUGAAAAGAUGUUUAGUCCAGCAGUGUGACACCGAGAUGCCUUCACCCAUCCUUCUCCUGUCCUGCGGUGCCACUGGGGGCAUCGCCGCUCCCAGCAGCACCCCAUGACUCCCGUAACUGUCCAUAUCAUAACGACUGGAGUCCAUAUUCCAAACCCUGCCUCGGAAAUGGACUUGCACUGAUAUUUCAUAAAUUAGUUCUGCACAAACUCCAUUUUCAAAUACAUUGGCAUUGAUAAUGUUGAAAGGUUUUUAAAUUGCGAUGACCUUUAUUAUGAUAAUAUGCCAUAAUUUUGUAUAUAUGGAUUUGGAACAGAAACACACUAAUGUCAAAAAAAAGAUACUCUGGUUGAUAUAGAUGGAAUAUUUUAUUGGUAUAAUGAAAAUGUUAAUUUCCACUUAUGAAUGCAUACUUUCCACUUAUAAAUGCAUACUCCAAAUGUUUAUUCAGAUUCUUCUCCGGAAGGCUUGUGGAACCUUGAGGUUUUAUGAAUGUUAAAUUUUUUUUAUUUUUAUUCCAGGUUUCAUACAAGUUGAAAUAAUUUUGAUUACCAUAAGAAAAUAAUUUUGACUCAUCCCUUCCAUUCUUUAAAAAUAAAGCAAAAUUUAUGUUACAGUGAGGUAUUUACAAUGGAAGUGAAUGGGGCCAAUUUUUGUAGGGUUAAAAGGCAGAAAUGUGAAGUUUAUAAUUCUAUAAAAGCGUGUGAAUUAUUUGAGCUGUCGUUUUAAAGUUUUAAGGUUUAUGGCAUUACACGGUCAUGGCAUCAAAAUUGUAAAAUUGGAUGUAACUUUACACAGAAAAGGUUAGUAAGCGAUUGUAUCACUCUAAAAUCACACCAACGCAUAUUGUUUAUGUCUAGUGGCUAUACUUUUUAAAUAGUAUUUUAACAUUUAUUGAUUGGCCCCAUUCACUAAAGAAAGCAAGGGACAAGCUGAAAUAAUUUUUUUGUUGUAAUCAACAUCAUGCCACAUUUAUUGAACCACGAAAAUGAUUUAAAGAUAAAGGUCAUCUAUUUAAACUUUUCAAUAAAUCAGCCCAGACGCAACACAGUAUGUGCACCACUAGAGGGCAGGCGUUUUACUCAAAUAUGACCCAUUAUACUUCCCUAGUGGAAGGGUAGCGUACAACUCCCCAGAUAAAAUAUGGGUAAGCUCAAAAUGAUGUCUAUGGAGUUACAUAAUCAGCUCUAUUAUUCAUAGCAGACAUACCUUUUAAAUAUGUUCUUCCUCCGUCAUUUUCACAGGACAUCCAUGACUCUACCCUACUUACUGAAACAAUGACAAGAUGGCCUGUGGUCUUUAGUAGCUUGAACACAAAGUGCUGUGCUGGAAAAACAAUUAUGUAAACGUAUUUAUUGUAGGACCAGGGGUAAAUAUGUAUGUAUAUAUGCAGUGGUAAUAUUUUUGUGAUAUCUGUAGAGAUUUCCUGUCAGAGUAAUAAAACAGUCCUAUUGCUUAGUAUUUUUCUUUCUUCUUUCU